CUAUAGCUCACCAUGACUAGCAGUGGCAAGCAGGGUGCUAUGCAACAAAUGAUCAGAGGUGGAAGAAUGAUGUCAAGUACAUUGUCUGAUGACAGUGUUUUGGUGAAGAAAUUAGUGUCAGAACAUAACCCUGAGGGAAUACAAUAUGAUGUCAAGCCACUUCUCCAUGUUGUUGAGGAUAUUUUUAGACAUUCCACCUUGAGUCCUGAAGGUGCUCUAAUGGGUGAACAUGUCGAAAGCCACCAUGCUGGCAGCACAAAUAUGCUGGAAGCCCUGACUGCUAAGAUUGAUCGGAUUUCCUGCGAGAUUUCCUACAAGACUCUCAGUGGUUUAGAUGCACAUUCCACAACAAUUGCAAUAUUUGACAUGCUUACAAUCUAUAAGUGGGAUGUGAAGAUAGUGCUGGCCUUAGCCGCUUUUGCUCUAACCUACGGUGAAUUUUGGCUGCUUGCCAAUAUUCAUGAUACAAACCAUCUUGCCAAAUCAAUGGCAAUUCUGAAGCAAUUAACAAGUAUCAUGGAGCAUUCAACCACGCUGAAACCACGGUUUGAUGCCCUCAAUGACCUAGUUAACAUCAUAUUGGAGGUGACCAAGUGUAUUGUUGAGUUCAAUGAUCUGCCAACUCAAUACAUUACACAAGACAUGACAGCCUAUUCCACUGCCUCUAAUUAUAUUCCAGUUGCUUCUUACUGGACUGUCAGAAGUGUUGUGGCUUGUGCAGCUCAGAUUACAAGUCUCACUACACUUGGCUAUGAGAUAUUCACAUCCACUGAUGCUUGGGAGAUAUCCACAUUGAAUUUCAAACUCAAAAACAUAUUCGAACAUCUCAGGCAGCUACUGCAUACCUGCCACCAACACAUUGGGAAAAAGAUGGAUUCUGAAGCUUACCAAAUAUUAUGUGAUUUGUUUUCGAGACCCCACGCUGACAACAUGAAGGUUCUCAGGGCUUUGAUUUACGCACAGGAUGAUAUUCUACCUCUAUAUGAUGGUGUUUCAAAGAAAAGGGUUAGCCUUGAGCCACUGAGAAGGAAGAAUGUGUUACUUCUAUUUUCAGGCCUGGAUAUCUCCAGCGAUGAGCUUAUGAUUCUUGAACAAAUCUAUAACGAAUCCAAGGCACAAGCACCAAGAAUGGAGAGUAGGUAUGAGUUGGUUUGGAUCCCAAUUGUGGACCCAAACACUGAAUGGACAGAACAAAAGCAAAAGCAGUUUGAGACCCUUCUAGAAACCAUGGCAUGGUACGCAGUGUGUCAUCCUUCAAUGAUAGGCAAGCCAGUCAUCUGGUUCAUACAGAGCGAAUGGAAAUAUAAGAAUAAGCCAAUUCUUGUGGUUUUGGAUCCUCAAGGGAGGGUUUCUUGCCCUAAUGCUAUUCACAUGAUGUGGAUUUGGGGAAGUGCUGCCUUUCCUUUCACAAGCGCUAGAGAAGAAGCUCUAUGGAAUGAAGAGACCUGGAGACUUGAAUUGCUAGUAGAUGGCAUUGACACUGAAAUAUUGAACUGGAUUAAGGAUGGAAAAUACAUAUUUUUGUACGGAGGAGACGACCCUGACUGGGUAAGAAGAUUCGUGAAGGAAGCGCGCAGGAUCGCAACGGCAACACAAAUACCAUUAGAAAUGGUGUACGUGGGAAAAAGCAACAAGAAGGAGCAAGUGCAGAGAAUCAUGGACAUCAUAACUCGUGAGAAGCUCAACACACAGUUCUGGUCAGAGCAGAGUAUGAUAUGGUUCUUCUGGACCCGUCUUCAGAGCAUGCUCUUCUCCAAGCUGCAACUCAAGCAAACCGAUGAAAGCGACCACGUGAUGCAGGAAAUCAAGAAGCUUCUAAGCUAUGACAAAGAGGGGGGGUGGAUUGUUCUCGCCAGAGGGUCAAACAUUGUGGUCAACGGGCACGCCACAACGGGGUUGCGAACGUUGGUUGAGUACGACGCCAUAUGGCAGAAAGAUGCUGAUAGAGAUGGGUUUGAACCUGCUUUUAAGAAACACUACGACCAGGUGCAUUCUGUUGUUAGCCCUUGCUGCAGGUUCGAAUUCUCUCAUUCCAUGGGGAGAAUCCCCGAGAAGCUCACGUGCCCCGAGUGUCGCCGACACAUGCACGUCCUCACCACGUUCCAGUGUUGCCACGAUGAGAAAAUCGAUGAGGACUUUUUUGUCAGCUCCGUUGUUCCUCAUGCCAUGUGAUCAUUUCCUAUGUGUUUGCCUGCAAUUUAUUGCAGUGUUCUACAGGCUUACAUCUGCUUUUUUCUUUUUUCUUUUUCUAUCC